AUGAGCUCCCGUGAAAUACUCGAUAGUUCCAACAAAUCCAAGAUACAACACGCCUCAGCUAAUAGUACAGCCCUGAAUACCAGGCUCCUACAUGUAUCAGGUCAAGCCGGUAUCGCUAAGUCAGGCCAUGUCCCGGCCGACUACGAAUCCCAAAUUCAUCUCGCACUCCUUAAUCUCCGCCGCGUGAUUAUUGCAUGUGGAGCUACGUUUAAGGACAUCACCAAACUCAACUUAUACAUCGUGGAUUAUGACCCCGCGACCCGGAAGCAUGCAAGCCCAAUUCAGCACUUUUUAGGCUCACACAGACCGAACGUGACCAUCGUCCCAGUCCCUCAGCUGGCUGUGCCUACAUGGCUCUUCGAAGUCGAUGCGUUCAUUGCUUGUCCAUCCCCGGCACAGUCUAUUCCGCGGACAUUGGCCGGUGAACCUCGGGCGGAUAAUUAUGAUGUUGUGAUUAUUGGUGCCGGAUUGGCCGGAUUGACGGCCGCCAGGGAACUUGAGGGAGCAGGUUUGUCCUGCAUCGUUCUAGAGGCCCGCGACCGGGUUGGAGGCAAGACUUGGAGUCAACCUAUGGCUAGUGGCCGUGGAAUUCUCGAGUUCGGUGCGGGUUGGAUAAACGACGUGAACCAGACGCGCAUGAUUGGUCUUGUGAGACAAUUUGGUUUGGAUGUGAUUGAACAGAACACAACUGGAAACUGCGCGCUGCAAGAUCUGGAUGGUAGUAUCUUGGCGUUUGCAUAUGGCGAAAGUCCCAAGUUCGACCUCGCCUCCAUCGAGGAUGUUAUCCGAAUUCGUGAUAUGACCGAGGCAGACUGCCAAGCUGUGGAUGUCUUCAGCCCCCACGAUACACGGCUCGACAGCAUGACAUUCGAGGCGUAUUUACGCUCCAAAAAUGCUUCCGAGAAGGCGAUGUUGACCGCGACAGUCUGGACUCGGGCGAUGCUCGGUAUUGACCCCUGCGAUGUCUCGGCCCUUUUCUUCCUCAACUACUGCAAAUCCGGUGGUGGCCUGUUGCAGAUGCGAUCAGACCGCAAAGGAGGAGGUCAGCAUUUACGUAUCCGCCAGGGAACGCAAUCGUUCUCCACGAAGCUGGCUGAGACACUUGCCCGGCACACCGUCCGACUCAAUAACGCCGUCAAAACGGUUCGCCAAGAGGGCACUAACAUUGUUCAAAUUGUCACUGGAAAUAAUAGUAUCUAUCGUGCGCGAAAGGUCAUCACUACUGUGCCGAGUCCUGUGCUAAAGACAAUUUGGUUCGAACCCCCUCUUCAUCCGCUCAAGCUCGCAUGGUCCGAGUCUUCAAACUAUGGUUACUACAGUGAAGCUCUGAUGGUAUUCAAAACUCCCUUCUGGAUACCAAAAGGGUUUUGUGGCCUUGCGCAAUCCUUCACUGGCCCCGCGGCUGUUGUCCGCGACUCAUGUAGUCCAGCUGAUGGUGGAUAUGCCCUUACAUGUUCCAUGUGCGGUCCUCCAGCUCAAGAAUGGGCUGCUCUCCCUCAGUCAGAACGCCUGGAGAAACUCCUCGCUCAGCUGGGGGCACUGUUCAGAGCCGAGGAGACAGUUAAGCAGGACUUUGUGGAGAUGGUCAUGUACGAGUGGAGCAAGGAUGAGCUGGCUGGUUAUGAUUGUCCAUGUGCCCAUUUGACACCCGGUGUUCUGGACUCAUUGGGACCUAACGCACUGCGCGAGCCCAUGGGAAAUUUGCACUUUGCUGGAACAGAGACGGCUGGUGAAUGGAAAGGUUAUAUGGAGGGUGCUGUGCGUAGCGGCGAAAGGGCUGCCCAGGAAAUUAUCGAUAACUUGAAUUCGGCGCGACUGUAA